CAGUGGAACCCUUCUAUGUGUUGUAGUCCACUGAGCCUACUGAGACCUACAUUGCUUCACUUGAGUCUUGCUGUGGAAUCAAGGCUGAUAGGCCAGUGACCCAAUUUGAUUCCCUGACCCACAGUCUUAAGAAAGGGUCCUAUGAUAUAACACUUGUCUAAUCCGCUCCUACAGGUUUCUAGGUAACUGUUACUAUGGGGACUGGCUGUGUUCAGUCUUUUGGGAUGCUGUUGCUAGGCAAUGAGCUGUGGUGGUGAAGAGGUAUGCAGGGCUGUGAGUGCACUUACAAUUGUAUGUAUGUAAGAGCUACAGCAAGACAGUAUGUGCUGCAGGGGCGUCAACCAUUUCUCACUAUGGAUUUUUAAGCUAUGAAGCACCAAGUGGGCAUCAGUGCAGAGUGGUACUCAUUUAAGAAAAGGCCUUGGCCUGUUCAAGUAUGCAUGCGUGCAGAACAGGCUCUCGUUCCAGCUCUGUCUAGUCAGAGUAGGUGGAAGACAGGAAACCAGACACAAAAACACACUUCAGACAUCUCUUAUAAAACAAUGUCUGACCAGGGAAUGAGUUUAAAAACUCAUGUUUUUUUUCUCCCCCUUUUCCCUCUUUGUCUCUCUCUCUCCAGGUCUGUGGAUAGCCAGGCGUUCUACCAUGCCUGUCCCCCCACCCCUCAAUCCCUGCAGACAAAAACACCUGCCCCACACACACCUCCAACCCGAACAAAGGGCAGAACAUUCCACCUUUCCCUCCCUUUUCCCUCCAUCCAUCUUCUCUCUUUCUUUUCUUCCCCCUCUCCUUGUCUCAUCUUUGCCCUCCUCAUCACAUCUUGUCCACUGCGCCUGCCCCAGGGCUACAAAGAGAACCCUUCCAGACUCUGUCCCUUUCCCAGCAUUUCACUGGCUGACUCUGGUCACAUGCUGUCUGCUGCCAUCUCUGAUUGGAGCAGGGGAGACGUGGGGCGUGGUCUCGGCCUGCCCCUUCCACUGUGUGUGUCGAAACCUUUCAGAGUCACUCAGCACACUCUGUGCCGACAAAGGCCUCCUGUUCGUCCCCCCACAUGUUGACCGGCGCACUGUCGAGCUGCGACUGGCUGACAACUUCAUCACAGAGGUGGGCGGGAAUGACUUUGUCAACAUGACCGGCUUAGUUGAUUUGACUCUGUCAAGGAAUACAAUCCACCUGAUUCGACCAAUGGCCUUUGCUGAUCUGGAGAGUCUACGCUCACUGCAUCUAGAUGGUAAUCGCUUGACUAUACUGGGACCCAGGGACCUGGCAGGUUUGGUCAAUCUGCAACAUUUGAUCAUCAACAACAACCAGCUAGUUAAAGUGUCUGCCCAGGCCUUUGAUGACUUCUUGCUUACGUUGGAGGACCUUGAUCUGUCCUACAAUAACCUCAGAAGGGUACCAUGGGAGUCCAUUCAGAACAUGGCCAGUCUGCACACUUUGAACUUGGAUCAUAACCUGAUAGACCACAUAGCGGAAGGAGUCUUUGGAGAACUGUAUAAGCUGGCAAGACUGGAUAUGACCUCCAACAGGCUCCGAACCCUACCUCCUGAUCCCCUCUUUGCAAGGUCCCAGACAGGUGCAAUAAGUCCCACCCCAUACAAUGCUGUCAUAAGUCUAAAUUUUGGGGGUAACCCGCUACACUGCAACUGCGAACUGCUAUGGUUACGGCGGCUUAUCCGUGGAGACGACAUGGAGACAUGUGCCACACCUGCUCACCUGGCUGGAAGAUAUUUCUGGUCAAUUCCUGAGGAGGAGUUUACUUGUGAACCACCUCUCAUCACCCGUCACACUCACAAGCUGUGGGUUUUGGAGGGCCAACGAGCAACGCUAAAGUGCCGAGCCAUUGGUGACCCUGAGCCAGUAGUCCACUGGGUUUCACCAGAUGAUCGUAUCAUUGCAAACUCAUCCCGGACCAGCUCCUUCAGCAAUGGGACCUUGGACAUCUUAGUAACAGUUGCCCGGGAUGAUGGGGCAUACACAUGUAUUGCAAUAAAUGCAGCAGGUGAAGCGACUGCUACGGUGGACCUGAAAAUAAUCCCGCUGCCUCAUCGGGGAGGGGCAGGUGGAAACACAGGGAAUAACAACGUGAACACCAAGAACAACAGGAACGUGACCAAUGGGAUUUUACGGACCGAUCCAGGCUCCUCGGAUAUCAGCACAGGGAAAAACGGAGGGAUUAACAAUGGUGUAGGACGUGGAGGAGAGGUGGAGGAUGGGAGAAGAGGUGGAGGGGAUGAUGAAGAAGAUGACAGUGGCAGGGCCUCUGAGGGAGAGAAAGCUGAUGGAGGGAGCAUGGAGGAUGACGAAGGGGACGAAGAGGAAGGGAGGAUGGUUGGAGUACAAGGAGUUACGUCAACCUCGGCUCAGGUCCGAUGGGAUUUGGGGCGUUUGUCUGCAGCUUACGUUGUCUGGAUGUAUCAGAUACAGUACAACUGCACCGCAGACGAGACCCUCAUCUACAGAAUUCUACCAUCAACCAGUGACCGUUUCCUGUUGAAGAAUUUGGUUUCCGGUGUGGACUAUAACCUCUGCGUGCUGGCCAUUUUUGAUGACUCCAUCACAUCAUUAGCAGCAACAAAAGUUCUGGGCUGUACCACAUUCUCCACCAAGGAUGUCUACCCAGCAUGCCGCUCUCUCCAAGCUCACUUUCUGGGAGGGACACUUACCAUCUUGGUUGGCGGCGUUGUUGUGGUCACCCUACUCGUAUUCACUGUGGCACUCAUGGUUCGCCACCGUGUUUGCAAUCAUGGUGACCACAUAAUAUGUCACAACAGCAACACUGAGGCAGGAGGUGGGGCCUGCUGUCAAGGUGGAGGUGUCGGGGGGGGGGACAAAGGGGGAAACAGUAGUGGGUGCUAUCAAUCAAAUGGUUCUGGGGACAUGAUGAUGGUGGUCCUGCCCAACGGUCUGCCUUCUAAAAGAGGAGGGGACAAGGACAAGGAAAAGGACAAGGACAAGGAGAAGGAAGCAGCUGAUUCUGCUUCUGCUCUGCCACCAAAACUCCCUCCAAAGCCCAGACCCAAGCCUAAAGUCAACCUGGAGCAGUUUCUUUCAGCUGGGGGGGUAGUUUCCACGACAACGGGGGCAGGCGGAGAGAUGGCAUUGGUGGUGAGGCAGAGGAAGCUGGACAAGGCACCACCGUACACCCCUGAAAGUGACAGAACUCCCCUCUACUACUCCCCUUCCCCUCCAUCCACCCUGCCCCGUCAGUCACACUCCAGGGACCGCCCAAAACCCCGUCUGGAGCGAGAACUGACCAAUCGUGCCAGUUUCUCCCUGGCUGCACCCCUGAGAGACUCAGAGUUGUUGGACUGGAGAAACACUCCCCGAGGCAGGGACAAAUGGAACUCCUCACAGGCUUAUCAGAGUCCUGUAUCCCCUCUAAGUCCUGCCUGCAGGACGGUUAGCAAACGGCGGCACUCGCUGGAUAUGGGCUCCUCUGUAGCCCUAGCGACUGAUGCUGCAGCAACUGUUGCCAAGCGCUACGGUGCUGUCAGUUACGCAAAGCGGCUCAGUGUGAUCUGGACGAGGCGGAGCCAGUCGCUUCAUGGAAUGCUGGUGCAGUGCGCCUCGACGACAAGCACAACAUCUUCAACAACCAGCGACGAGGGCGAAGGUGGUGGGGGCUUUGGAGCACACUGCGAGUUCCAAAGGGGAUAUAUCCAUGCUUAUAACACCACCAACUCCAACUCUAACACUGGGAUUGCUACUGGCGGGAAAGCGGGCAGUGCAAAAGAGAGGGGGAGGGAGAAAGGGAAGGAUGGAAGGAAUGUUGAAGAACUGGAGGAAAGCGUUGUGUAGGGGGUAGUUGAAAAAAGAAUAAAAAAGUUAAGAGGGAUAAAGGGUUCUGUGAGAGGACAGUUUGAAUGGGAUCUUGAUUUGAGGAGGGUAAAGAGGUAGGACAGGGAAGAUGAAGUGAUUGCAGAUGAGGAACAGAAGGUUGAGUUCAGAGCGAGGAAGAAGAAUAAAAUUGACUUAAGUCUCACUUGUGCAGCUCCUUAAUUUGCCCGGGGAGAAGUCGAGAAAAGUGUACCUGGCAGUGAGGUGGAGAUUUUUAAGAGGCUCUUUAUAACUGACCUGAAGAGUGAUGGGUGGAAAAAUGUGACAGGAGAAGGGCGUGAGUGGGAGAAACGAAACGGGUUGGCAGUUUUAAAAUGGUCAUUAAAUACUCAAGGCUGAGUUCAAGCUGUAUCAGUAAAAAAUGACUGAUAUAAGAAAGAAAAAGUAGAAAAAAAGAAAGUAGUAAAACAAAAACAAAACUCAAAAUCUAGGCAAAAAGAGUGACAGUUGUUAGACAAGACAAUGGGAGUAGCAUAUAUAUAGUCACAAAGAGGGGAAAACAUAAAUAGAGCAACAGAAUGAUGGUUACAUAGCAGAGACAGAAAUGAUGUGCGCUCAGAGUGGAUUUGCUGUGAAGCCUAUACACUAAUAGGACCAGACUCUUGCUAACACUUCAACUCCCCAGGGCCCCUGCACCCACACCACCACAAGGAUUUACAUUGGAUCAAAAACGUUGAGAAAUAUUCUUACUCUGAUAAAAAUACAACAGUAAAAAAGAUUUUGAUGACAUAGCCCCGCUUUGCUAUCUUGUUUUUUUGACUCCAACACUGACAGCCAUUUUGAACCUCUUUCCCAAAACAUAAUGAAUGUGACUUUUAUGCGUCCUCUGUGGCUGGACAAUGAUUUUGGCUCGCCGUGCCUGCGGAUUAUGGGAGCAUAAAUACCGAGCUGGGUGCAUUGGACAUGAUCAAUCGAUAUGGGCUGGAAAGAGCGAGUGGAGCACAGACAUUAUUAAAAGAAAGACAUCGGGAUUACAAUGGAGUCGAUAUGGAUUACAGAAUGGAGGAGACAGGGGGGUAUGAUGGAACAUGUGCACGUGUGCAUUUCUGAGAGACAAGAUCAUAUUGGAUGUUGGAUAAUAAUGGACCAAACAAAUAAUGCUAAUGGAUGCAUAAGUGUGCAUGCACUGAUGGGUCAGGGACAGGAUGUGUGUAUGUGUGCCUGUGUGUGUAUUUGUGUGCGCACAUAUGAAUGUUUGUGAGGGGCAAUCCAGUCAACCAGACUCUGUUAACGUCUGAGAAGGUUUAGUGCUUUCUAGAAAUGUUGUAAAAGGAAUUAAUCAAAACAUUUAAGAUUACAGGAGAUCAAAAUGUCCAGCGUGAAGCAAACUGAAAAUAUGACAUUUUCACCAAAACCAGAAUAAAUCACUAUUUUUCAGCAAUGUAGCAUGUUCAGAAAGCAUCAACAAUUGAGGGGGAAUCAAAAUGUCAAAUUAAUUUUUGUGACUUCAGGUUCUUUUGUGCCACAUGGAUUCAUGUUAAAUCCAAACAGCGAAUGUUUUCAGAGAGGAACCGCUUUAAAAAACAUGAAGCCACUAAUGAUAUAAACUCGUCCUUUGGAAAAUUUGUAAAAAAAAAAUGGGAUGACUGAUCCAUUGGCACAGACCACAGAGACUCUUAAAACAUCUAUUAAUGAGAAAAAAUGAAAAGAGAAAACUUGAAAGUACAUAUAUAUAGUAUAUAUAUAUAUAUAUAUAAAAUGAUGUUACUUGUCGCACCAUGUGUUUCUGUUUUCUGGGGAAUGAUGUUAGGAUCAAAUACAAAAUAUAAAAUGUGUGAUUUUUUGUUUCAAACAAAAAAUCUUCAUGAUUAGAACAGAAAAUGUUCAUUAUGACUAGGCAGAAAAAAUAAUGUUCAAAAUAGAUGCUGAAGAAGCACAUACAGCACAAAACACACAAACUGGCAAGCACACACACACCAAAAUACAGACACACACAAACAAAUGCCUAUAAAACAGAGCCAAUUACAUUAAUAAUAAUGACUUUUAAACAUUACUGUUGUUUCCUUUCUGUUUUUAUUUCAUUUUGCCAAAGUAAAUAUUGUUCUCUGGACUUGAUAUAAAUAAUAAAAAUUACACGUAUGAAACUUGAAAGUUGGACUCAGUAACACAAGGGAGUGAUUGUGUGUCGAGUUAAUGAGCAUGUAUGUUUACAAAUGUACUUAAAAUGUGUUUUGCACAAAGCAGGAAAAGAAUUUACAGUAGGACAUUAUUUGUCUGUGUCAGUGUGGUUUACAACAUCACCAAGCCCCAACACCAGAUUCAAAGACAAUUAAGUUCUAUUUAAAUCAGCUCUAUUAGUCAUAAGAUAUGUAGAUAUGUAUGAAUAAAAAAAAUCUAGCAUUAUUGAGAGAGAAUUGUGAGGAUAAUUCAGUCUUGAUGAAAAUGUUUUGAGCUAAAGGCAAACUUGUGAGUUAAAGAUACUUGAAUGCAUGUCUGUCUGGCAAAAAUGAAGUUGUUUACUUGUCAGUCAGUGGAGUUGAUUAGGAGGUAAGUAACCCUUCUUGAGGUAAUUAAAAACAGCGUAUGACAGAGAAAAGGUGAGAUGAGAAAAAACUGUGCAUAAAAGAGCAGCAAACAGAGAGAAAGAGGGAGAUCAAGAGUCCCGGGAACAGAUGGAAAUGCAUUUAGAAAGACAAAAAGAUAUGAGUAAACAAAAGACUUCCCAACAGAUCUGAUUUGACACAGAAUAGGAAAGAGAGCCCAAGUGACAACAAACAGAUUGAAAAAGAUUGAAGAGAACUAAAAGUUGUCAAACUAAUGGAUCAUGAUUCUGAUGCUUUGUUAUUAUCAACCUAAUCCUGCUGGUUUCCGACAGUCUAAUGGAAGACAUUACAAGACCCUUUCGCUGAUACCUGCAGCUCAGUUUAACACUAAUUUAGCAGCAAAGCAAAGCAAAGCUGGCAGCAAUCUGCAACUCAACAUAGCUAAUUAAACUUCUAAAAAUACAAAUGAGCAGAAGAAAAGACAACAGUAAAUUGGAAACAUGUACCACCAAACCAAAACAUUCAUUCAUUUAUCCAUUUUCUUUAUCCAGGUCAUGGCACCACAGGCAACGCAAGGUAGCCCAGACCUCUUUCUCAACAGCCACAUCAUCUAGUUGCUUCUGGUUGCCAACCAGAAUACCUCCACUGGGAGGUGCAUGGGAUGCAGAAACCAAAACGAUAAGCUGAAAAGGGAUUAAUGCUGCACAGAGCUGCAGGCUUGAGUGUUAUUUCUCAGUUGGAUCAGCAAUAGUAGUGACCAUUUCACAUUACAGACAGUAAUUUGAUUUAAUACCUAAAGUAGUGCUUGUAGAAAAUAAAGUCUAAAAUCUGUGAAAAGA